UCUUUGUUUUAAUCCGAUCGAGGCAUUCGAAAUGGGUAGAACAAAAAUAAACGUAGUUUUAUUAAUAAUCCUCAAACUAUUCUUGGUGGGCACAACAACAGGAGAAGAGACAUGCGAGAACGACCGAGAAAUGGACAAACUGUGCGGGGGUCAUACCUAUAAAAGUGUGAAGCCUUUGCUAGACUACUUUAAGCAAGUUCGUAAUGAGUUAGACCAAAGUGAAAUUAAAGAAAAGCAUAUAAGUGAAAUAAAUGCUGAUCUUAUGAUCAAGUAUCAUGAAAUUGUAGGAAUUCAUGAAAAGCUCAUGAAGGAGGCAUUUCAAUUAGAUGAGUAUAAAAACAAAAUAAUAAGAAAAGAAAACAAUUUGCAAUUGUGUCAAAGUAAAGUUGAUAAAUUAGAAUCUGAGAUUAAUUCACAACAAACAACUAUAAACCAAUUAACACUACAUUUAUCAGAUAAAUCUAACAAAUUGGAAAUAUGUGAGAAUCAAUUAAAAAAACUGAAUUCUAGUGUUAUUGAAAAAGAUGAGAAAAUUUCUGGAUACUCUGCAACAAUUCAAAACAUCACAGAAUAUCAGAAAACAAUUAGUUUGAAAUUAGAAGAAAGGCUAACCAUGUUAUUUAAGAAAGAUAAAGACAUUGAAAUAUGCCAUGCAGAAAUUAUUAAAUUAAAUAGGACAUCACAUAAUAAUAUUCCUUCAAAUUGUCUCCCUUUCGGAGAACAUCCUGGUGUGCAUGAAAUUGAAGUUUCUGGUGUUGGUUCCUUCGAUGUUCUAUGCGAUAGUCAGUUAGCUGGGCCUGGUUGGAUAGUAAUACAGCAGCGAAUUGGUGGAGAAGAGAACUUUACCAGGGAUUGGGCCACAUAUCGCAAAGGUUUCGGUUCAUUGGAUAGUGACUUUUUCCUAGGAUUAGAAAAGAUGUAUCGACUAACGAGUCAGCAGCAAUACGAACUCUACAUACAUUUGCUUGCCGAAGAUGGCAACAUCUUCUACGCUCGAUAUGAUGAUUUCAAAAUAUCCGAUGAGGACCAUGGAUACGCACUAAGCUUGGGUAAAUUCAAGGGAAAUGUUUGGGAUGCGAUGAGAAUCCACGAAAACAUGAAAUUCACAACAUUCGAUCGGGAUAAUGAUCUUUUUUAUGAUAAUUGUGCAGUUUGGAAUAAUAGUGGCUGGUGGUAUAACGAUUGUUUUGCAUGUAACUUAAAUGGAUUAUACGACGAGGGACUAUAUUGUUCUGAAUCAGCAAAUUAUCUCAAAGAAACUAAGAUGCUUAUUCGCCCCAAAGAAGACAAAAAUAAGUGAAAAACUGAAAAUUGGAAAUCGUUAUCCUUUUUUUACGAUUUAAAUCGCACUAAAUAUAUUUGAUGAACAGAUUUACAUUAGAAUAUACUAACAAAAGAGAUGAGAUUAUAUUGAUAUUGUUGUAAUGUAUGACAUUUAGAAACAAAUUCAAUUUUAGUUAAGUAAGCUUUACAUCUUCAGAUACUGUCCUAUUCUUAACUUUCGGCAGAGCUGCUAAAGCUACAGUUUACUAAUUUAAUGUCAUUAUUAAUUUGAUUCUUGUUCUCGCUUUACAAGUUAACCUUAAAAAAGAGUAAAUACCCUUUAUUUUCUAAUUUUUUACUUACUGAAGUCGAAGAUAAGAAUGAUUUACAAUUAUUC